ACGAUGGGUGUUUGAUUUCCGUUUUUUAAAACACGUUAUUCCAUAUUAAAUUUUUUUGUUAUGUAAACGUUCUUCAGCAGCAGAGAUAAAUUGGUUUGCCUUUCCGUUAGCAACGGAAGCUGAGAGUUUCUAGCUUGUUUAGCAAACCAAUAUCAACGGCCAACUUGCCCAGUUUAGCGUUAUUUUGUUGGCAGCUCUCUAUUUCGGGAUAAAAAUAGCUCGUAAACGUGCGCAGUAUAUAAAGCAAGGAGUCGUGAGGUUACUGACACACAGUACCAAACAGGUCUUCAAAGUAAAACCUCUAGUCAAUUUUUCACUAUACAAAACAAUGUUGCUCGCUCAAAGUGUCAACCGAAAUCUAGUCCAUAGAAAUCAACUGAUUUUAAGAGCUCUAUUUCACAGUAGUUCGAAAAAUGGAGCCGGAUUACCAUCCAACAUGGAAGAGUUGGAUGCUCAGGAUCGAAUGGGAUUCUCUGCCAACAGAUUCAAGGACAUAAGUUUUGGGGUAGUUCAAAGUCAAACAUCAUCCAUGUUCAGUGGUUCCUUCAUGAGUGAUCAGUCGAGUCAAGGAGGACAACAGCAGCUAGAAAACUAUGAAUCACUUGGUUCUUUAAGCUUGAAUGCUGUGACACAGACCAAUGUGCCACUUCCGUUUUCUCCUAGUGCCGAGAAAGAAAAUUCUCCUCGAAUGAAUAUGCCAGAAAAUUGCACCGAUCAGCAAAUCAAAUUCACUUCCAGUGACCUGCAAGAAACGCUUUAUCCCGGAAGUAGUCAGUGUGUGCAACAAGGAACCAUGAAAAUUAGAGGUAACUGUUGGUACUUGCAGCAUGGUUUGCACAAUGCAUGGAUACCUAACACGAGCUCGGUGCGAUACUAUAGCGAUGCUAAGGUUCCCGAAUCAACUAAAAGUAAAUUGAAGCGAGCUGUUAAAGAUUAUGGCGCAACUGUCAUAGUGUUUCACGUCCUUAUAUCAAUUACAUCAUUAAGCAUCUGCUAUGCAGCUGUAGCAAGUGGACUAAACGUACCAGGUAUGCUAGCCCAGAUGGGCGUUUCCAGCGAAAUGUUGAACUCAAGAUUGGCAGCAGGAGCGUCCACUUUUCUCGUAGCAUAUGCCGUUCACAAAGUACUGGUGCCUAUUCGUAUCAGCAUAACUCUAGGAUCUGUGCCGUUUAUUGUGCGUUAUUUGCGUAGAAUCGGAUUCCUGAAGACUCCGUCAGCUUAAAACCUGUUUGGGAAAGCUUUUAUUUUGUGCUGCCUAACUUUUCGUAAUAAAUGUUUUCUACCAAGGGA